AUGAAAGAUAAAGAUGAUAUUGAACAAAAAGAAAAAAACAUAAAACAAUUCAAAAAAAAGCAUAAAAAUAAAAACAAAACUUUAAAAACUCAAAAUAACAGUAUUUUACAUAAUAUAUCUACACCGUGUCAUAUAACAACGUCUGAAACAAUAGAAACUUCAUAUGUUCAUAACGUAUAUUCAGCAAUUGCAGGUCAUUUUUCAGCAACACGUCAAAAACCAUGGCCAACUAUUGAAAAUUAUCUAUUAAAACAACCGACAGGAGCACUUGGACUUGAUGUAGGUUGUGGAAAUGGCAGAUAUCUUUUUCUUUCGCAAAAUAUUUUUUUGAUUGGUAUUGAUAGAUGUGAAGCACUUUUACAAAUUGCCAAAGAAGCAGGAGAAGCACAUGUAAUAUUAGGUGAUGCGAGAUUAUUACCUGUUAGACCUAUUUUCGAUUUUGCAAUAUCUAUUGCAGUUAUCCAUCAUUUAACAAUAGAAGCACAUCGAAUCGAUGCUUUACGUCAAUUAUUAACUAUACUCCGACCAGGAGGAACAGCAUUAGUAUCUGUCUGGGCAUUAGAACAGCCUAAUUCUCGUCGUGGAUGGAAUGAAUGUUCACCUCAAGAUAUCUUAGUUCCUUGGAUAAGUUAUACUAAGGCAGAAUCACCUGACAACGAAUCACGUGACAUAGAUCAAAAAGAUAGAGUGGUUGAAACAAAAAUUUAUCAAAGAUAUUAUCAUUUAUUUCGUAAAGGAGAACUAGAAGAAUACAUUAAAAAAGCUGGCGGGGAAGUAAUUGAAAGUGGGUUUGAGCGUGACAAUUGGUGGGCUCAAAUGCAAUUAAAAGUAAACAAAACCAAUUCAUAA